AUGAAAUCUCAGGACUUUCGAAAGGUGGUUAUGCGAAUGAUUGACGAUGGAAUGCCGUCGAUCGAAAUUGAAAAACAAUUACGAAAUGUCGUCAACCAACGUACAAUUAGACGAUGGCAAAAUUUAUACAAGGAAACAGGUGAAAUCGAUUUGAAAAAAUCGACUGGUAGACCCAAGAUUGUGAGAACAAAAGGUCUUAUACAAAAGGUGAAACAGCGAUUGGUUUACAAAGGUCGACAAAGUGCACGUUAUUUAGCUAAAUCAUUUGGUGUUUCCAGCGAAACUAUGCGCCGAAUAAUUAAGGACGAUCUUAAUUUACGUGUUUAUCGUAUUACAACUCAACCAAAGUUAACCGAUGAUCACAGAAAACGACGAGUAUCAUUUGCAUCUUGGGUGCGAAAAUUCUUAAGAAAAGAAGAUCAUCGUAAAAUUUUAUUUACUGAUGAAAAAUAUUUUUCAGUGGAAGGUGUAUUCAAUCGAAAAAAUGAACGUGUUUAUGCUGUAAGUCGAUUGGAGGCAGAUGAACAAGGGGGCAUAAAUGAAAAAUCUAAGUAUUCAAAAAGAAUAAUGGUAUGGUUGGGAGCUUCUAAAAAUGGUCUUACAUCUCCAAUUAUAUUUGAACCUGGUGAAACAUUAUCGCAUAAGAAUUAUAUUGAAGUUCUUCUUCCACAUGCACAAUCUGAAGGUGAACGGCUGUUAGGCGAAGAUUUCAUCUACCAACAAGACAACGCCACGCCGCAUGUACAUCGGAAAUCGUUGGCAUGGUGUGAAGCAAAUUUCAACCAAUUUAUAGGCAAUCACAAAUGGCCGCCUAACAGUCCUGAUCUCAAUGUUCUGGAUUAUUACGUGUGGGAUGCUAUUACACAUAACAUGCAAUGGAAUAAAGUUAAAGAUUAUGAUACAUUAAUUGAUGAAAUUAGGAAAGGAAUUCGUCGUGUACCAAAAGAUGAUCUUCUUCGUAGCGUCAAAAAUUGGUCGUGUCGAAUUUUGUUCGUUUUGAAAAACAAUGGUGCAUAUAUAAAAUGAGCUGUUCUUUCUAAAUUGUAGAGCUUUUUAUGUUGCAUCUUGUGGUGUAUUUUGUUUUGUUUUUAAUAAAACAUAUUAGGUGAUGAAAAAAUGAAAUAAGAAAAAGUAACGAAAAAAUUAGAUCGUUCGCAACAUCAAAAAUUGGUCGCCCAGAAUUUUGCUUGGUUUGAAAACAAAACCUAGCCAAAUAAAAUAAGCUUUCCUAGGUAGACUGUACAGCUUUUCAUGCUGCAUCUAGUAGCAUAUUUUGGUUUUUUAAUACAACCUAUUUAGUGAUUAAAAUAUGAAAUACAAAAAGCGGACAUUCAUUAUGGGUCACCCGUUAGUUUUGUUUCACAGACUUUCUUAUACUAGAAUAUAAAGGAAAUUCUUGUUUGGUACGUUUUUUUCUCAACGAAGUUGUUAAUAUCAGAGUGCGUAAUAGUUACUUUUAAGGAAGUGGUUACAUGGGGUUCGCUUCUCUCGUAAUACGUUUGAUAGAACAAGAAAGUGAUAAGCAAUUUUCGUAGAUUUGAUUGAAAAGAAAAGCUUUUUUUCUUCAUAGUGCAGGCAAUCUUUUCUGUUUCUAUGAAACAACAACAUAAAUAUUUAAUUACGUUACCCAUUUUAACAUAAACACUUAAACCUUUUUAAAUAUAAGCAUGAAUUAGCCCUACAAUCAUUGUGAUCCUAAAGGGAAAAUAGCACUUAAUGCCAUGGUAUACCAGAAAUGACAUGUAAUAUAAUGAAAAUAUGGUGAGCGGACAACUGAUCACAGGAAAUUGAUCAUGGGACAACUGAUCACGGACAAUUGAUCAUGGAUAAUUGAUCAUGACAGACAACUGAUCACGGCGGACGACUGAUCAUGAAUAACUGAUCAUAAAGGAAAAUUGAUCAUGAAGGUUCAUGAAAUUAUUGUUAUCGUUUAGGGUGGGUGUGUGGGUGUGGAUGUGUGAGGUGUGGGUGGGUGUGGGUGGGUGUGUGGGUGUGGGUGAGUGUGGGUGUGGGUG